AUGCAAAAGAAAUACCUUCCAACAAAAGAGACAGUACCUUUGGCUGUGCCUUUGAGUCGUAGGGCACAAUCUUUAAAAAAUUUUAGAAGAGGUUCAUCAACGUAUAGUAGAGUAAAUAAAAGUAACGGAUUUUUUAGGAUGGACUCUCAAAUUAAACAAACAGUUAGCGUGGAUCACGUUUUACAGAAUGAUAACGAAGAGGAAACUGCACUUAACGAACAGUGCCUUGUACAGGAAGAAUUACUUAAUAGCGAAGAAUUUAAUGCACACUAUAAUGAAAGUAAUGUUGAGAUCGUUGACAGCCAUGAUAACAGUGUUCGUCCAACCACCCCCAAAGAAAUUUCACCAGUUAAAUUGAACCGUAACAAUUAUAAGAAUGGCCUAUAUGGUGUAACAGCAGGAGAAAGUACCCCUCCGCAACAAUCUUCACAAAGUUCUAAUCCACAAAUCAAUGACAUUAGGGGCACUACACCAGUAGACACUCCUCCACAAGCCAUGCUGGAUACGACUAAUUCGAAAGAUUCAGGAAAUAGGCCUGGAACAACUAUUAGCGGAACAAGAGUUUUUGUUGGCGAUCUCUCCUGGAAACUUUCAGAUAAAGAGCUCAGAGCAGAGUUUAAACAUUUUGGAACUGUAAAUGAAGCACUCGUCAUUAGAGAUAAAAAUACUGGUCGAAGUAAAGGCUAUGGAUUCGUUUCUUUCGAAGAGCCGCAUUCUGCAUUAGACGCAAUUAAAGCAAUGAAUGGUCAACCCAUUGAUGGUCGUCCUAUACGUGUUGAGGCUGCCGAAGAACGACCGAUCGAUGAUCGUUAUGAAGGAAAAAAAGAUCAUAUGCAAGACUAUAGGCGGCUAAAUGACUAUCGCAGGGACAUGGAUCAUGGACGAAAAAAUUAUUAUGAAUUACGUAACAGAAGAGAAAGGGAUAUCGAUUAUAGAAAUGAGCCUCAUUAUAGGCGAGAUAUUAAUCGUCGGUUCGAGAAAAGAGAUAUUGAUGAUCGGAGAGAAAAUGAAACUCGCCGUGAGGUUGAAUAUCGCAGAGACAUAAUGCGUAGGAGAGAUAACGAAUUUGAGAAACGUGAUAGGGAUAUUGAACGUCGGAGAGAAGAAUUUGAAAAUAAAAGGGACAGAGGAAACCCUUUAAUAGAGCCGCAUGAAUCGUAUCAUUCUUCGUCCAAGAUACAACCAGAAGUGUAUUCAGAAAAGGAAAAGGACAGAUCCAAAAAUAGUCGCAAACGAGCACGUUCCAGCAGUAUACAACAAAGUGAUUCGUAUUAUUCUCAAUCUGAAGCUUUGCACACUGAUACAUCCCCUCACCCUUCUUUACCUCCAGUAAUGGCAUCACCUCCAAAUCGUUCAGCUCUUUCUGAACAUAUAACAUCAGUGCGUCAUGAACCUCGAUCACCUCUUUUUUAUUCUGACAUUCCGCAAUCAUCGCCAAGAAUAGCACGAAAAAACUAUUAUAAUGAUGGUCAUUCUAUGGAAUUUACGAAGAAAUGGGAUCAAGUACGUGAUAGGGAGCGAGAUAGAGGAUUUGAUCGAGAAAGAGAUAGAGAACGUCAGAUGGAAAGAGACCGUGAACGAGAAAGGCAAAAUUUGGAAAGAGAAAGGGAAAUUGAAAGAGAUCGAAGAGAAAAAGAAUUAAGAUCAAUUGAAAGAGAUUUUACACGAGCGCGCGAUCAAACACGUUAUUACGAAAUGGAAAGGGAAUUACCUCGUAAUCGAACGUCAGGCUAUGAGUACGGUAGAGAAACAGAUCGCGUUAGGACUCCGUUUUAUAAUAGAGAACAAGAAUUAAGAGAUCGUGAUUUUACCCGAUAUCGAGAUACUGAAUUGGACCCAUAUAUUAGUCGUCACUCACCACCAGGUCAUUCAACAUACAAGGAUAACUACAAGCGUUUGAAUGAUUAUUAUUACAAUUCUGCAACAUAUUCAGCUGCCCGCCGAUCAGUAUCUCCACGACCACGUUACUCCACACGACGUUCACUUUCUCCAGGCGUUAGACAACCGAUUGCAAAUUAUGAACGUCGAUAUGAUCGAGAUCGACCUCCUCGUUUUGAUGCUGCCCGUUCUUUAACUAAUGAAACUUUCCAGCGAGAUCGCCCAAGGUCAAGACAUUGGGGAGUCAACAAUGAGAAAGAAAGGGAUAUAAAAAGGAUUCAUAACAACCCAAAUGAUGUGUAUUCUGAUAGCUAUGAUCGUUAUAGGCGCGAGCGACGUAAACCGUGGGAUGUUGUUGAAAAAAGUAGAGAAGAUGAAGAUGAGCAAAAUGAAUCUAGCAUUACCACUGCUACUGCCACUAAUAUCCAGGAGAGAGCUCGGGAUCGAGAACGAGAUGAAAGACAAAGAAGCUGGGAUGUGAAAGAGGAAAAAACUAGAGAUGUUAAAUCAGAACGCAAUAAUGGUGGCACUAUUACUAAGGAUACUUAUGAGCGUCAAAUUCCGCGUGAAAGAUCUACAAAGUAUUGGGAUAUGAAUGAGGACAAAAGUAGAGAGCUUGAGCGCAAUUCCAAUAAGAACCGUGAUCGUGAUAAUCGAGGCAACCAAGAACGAGGUGAAUUUGAGCAGGCAUUUCCUUCAUUAAAUGAUGAUCAUCCUUCUACCCCUGCACUUGAUUUCUUUCCUCCUAUUACUAUGCCAACGGAUUCUUUUGCCCUUCAAUCAUCGCCAUCAAUUGAUCUACAAUUUGAUGCUGCGGCAGCGUUUUUACUUUCUUCCACAAAACUAGAGGCUUAUUACAAUGGCUGGUCGAGGUCUCCCAAUGCUGCGAGUGAUAAUGGCUUAAUCAACGGCCUUAGAAAUGCUAGAGAAGGUACUGAUUCGUCCCAAGGUCGCGGUCAACUUUUAUCUAACAUAAAUGCUUGCCUUGCCGUGGUUGAUACUGUGAGGACGACGUUAGGACCAAGAGGCAUGGAUAAAUUAAUCGUUGAUGAAAAGGGUGAAAUUACAAUCUCAAAUGAUGGUGCCACAAUCAUGAAACUCCUUGAUAUUGUGCAUCCCGCUGCUAAAACUCUCGUUGAUAUCGCAAGAUCGCAGGAUGCUGAAGUCGGUGAUGGAACAACAAGUGUAGUUUUACUCGCGGGUGAAUUACUAAAGGAGGUCAAAGGCUACAUUGAGGAAGGUGUUAGUCCUUAUGUGAUAAUUAAAGGUUAUAGAAAAGCAGCCCAACUGGCAAUUAACAAAGUUAAAGAAAUUGCAGUUAAGGUUGAACGAGAUAAUAAGGAUGAAUUCCGUGAUUUGCUUAUAAAAUGUUCCAAAACUGCAAUGUCAUCCAAAUUAAUUCAUUCGCACCAAGAUUUCUUCGCAGACAUGGUGGUCAAUGCUGUAUUGACGUUAGAUCAAGAAGAAUUAAAUGAAAAGCUGAUCGGUAUUAAAAGGAUUCCUGGUGGCGCCAUGCAAGACUCACUACUUAUUAAUGGAGUUGCAUUCAAAAAAACCUUUUCUUAUGCUGGGUUUGAACAGCAACCUAAACAUUUUAAGAACCCAAAAAUCUUAUCAUUGAAUGUUGAACUGGAAUUGAAAGCUGAAAAAGAUAAUGCAGAAGUUCGCAUAGAAGACGUUAAUGAAUAUCAGGCCAUCGUUGAUGCCGAGUGGUCUAUUAUAUAUUCAAAGCUCGAAGCCAUUGUUAAAACUGGAGCUAAAGUAGUAUUAUCUAAAUUACCUAUAGGUGAUUUGGCCACUCAAUAUUUCGCUGAUAGAGAUAUAUUUUGUGCUGGCCGUGUUCCUGCUGAAGAUCUUAAUCGUGUAGUAAAAGCUGUUGGUGGAUCUAUACAAUCAACGUGUUCAGAUAUUGAAGAUAAACAUUUGGGUACAUGCGAGUCUUUUGAAGAAAACCAAAUUGGUGGAGAAAGAAUCAAUUUGUUUAAAGGUUGUUCAGCAGCUAAGACUUGUACUUUGAUUUUGAGGGGAGGUGCUGAGCAAUUUAUUGCUGAAGUUGAACGAAGUUUACAUGAUGCAAUUAUGAUAGUCAAAAGAACUAUUAAAAAUAAUUUAAUACCUUUGGGAAAGCAACAAUUGAUUAUUAGCGCUUUUGCUCGUGCGUUAGAAAUAAUUCCCCGUCAAUUAUGUGAUAAUGCGGGUUUUGACGCAACAGAUAUUUUAAAUAAUUUACGGAUGAAACACGCACAAGGUGCCAUUUGGUAUGGUGUGGAUAUUAAUUCUGAAUCAGUAGCCGAUAAUUUUGAGGCAUUCGUUUGGGAGCCUACACUUGUAAAAACAAAUUCUAUUUCCGCUGCGACUGAAGCAGCAUGUUUGAUAUUAAGUGUUGAUGAAACUGUCAAAAAUCCAGCUUCUGAAAAACCACAAUCAGGACCACCAAUGCCAAGAGGUGGUAUGCAAAGGGCACUAAGAGGUGGUCGUGGUCGAGGAAUUCCUCGACGAUAG